UAAGAUCCAUAAAGAUUUUUGACCGUAUCGAUCUCUUAUUAUUUUCGGAGGUGAAAGCCAAUAAUCUAGAAGAAAACUGAAAGAUUUGUGUCAGACCUAGACGAAAGGAUAAACUUUCGAAGUUAUCUUAGCUGCUCAUGCGAAUACAAAGGAAUUGAUUGUUGGUAAUAAAUACAUAGCAUCGGAGAAGACUUAUUUGGUUUAUCAGGUAAUAUUAAAAAAAUGCCAGCGAUACUAGUCGGACCACCGCAACGCAAUGAGCAAAUGUGGCAGGCCCUAAAAACUCAUAUUUUGAGAGAGCGACAACGAAAGAAACAAGAACAAGAAGCUGAUGCUGAGGAAGAACGUUUACGCAAGGAAAGAGAGCGCCAACAAAAGCAAGAUGUGAUGACAUUAGGUGAAACACGAGAACAAAUCUCAAACUUGGACAAUGAACUGUCACAGUUGAAAGCAGAAAAGCAUCAGUUGUUCCUACAAUUGAAGAAGGUUUUGAACGAAGAUGACAGAAGACGACAACUUAUAAAAGAAACUAGUGUUUGUUCAGAAGUUUCGACAACAGUAGGAGGAUAUCCUGCAACAGGUCCAAGAGUAGUACAUCCACAACUGUUUUUGCCAUUGCCACGUAGCAACAGUCCUCUCUAUAAGGUUGCUGUUAGUACUCCAACUCAUCUAUUACAAAGUGGAACUAUAAAAAGGACUCAUACUCCAUCGCCGCCGCCGGCUGCAUCCUAUCACAGCGCAUAUGGCUACAAACCGCCACCGUCUAUCCCAAGUUAUAAUCCACCUCCUCCUAAAGCUGAGGAAGCUGCCAGAAGAUCCGGUGAUGCUCGAGCAGUUCUUUGGAACAAGAAUAAUCAGUAUUCUGCAUCGAACUUUUACUCGACACCCACAGGCCAAAGUGUUUACAGUUAUUCCGCACCAGCGUCACAGCCAUCUCGAGAACCCUCGGAAUCAGCUAAACCAAUUUAUCUUUCGAGCGGUAGAGCACCAUUAGCCACACAUCAAACUGCAUACGUAACUAAUUUACACUCGAUGGAGCAUAAGGGUGCUUAUGGCGAAGACAAGUUUUACUUACGACCGACGAAUCACGUUACCGUUCACGGUGGAGCUAUCCCGAUUCAACAACCGCCUCAGGGUGCGAAAACUGGCGGAAUUACUUCUGGUUAUCCUGUACGAGCACCUCAACCACCACCUAGUUCAUAUCCACCACCACCACCUCCAUCUCCUGGUACCUAUGUGAGUGGUUCAGCUGCCAACGUACCUGGUAGGCUGCUGUAUACACAACCUGGUGCUCGCUACCUUCAACGAGAGAUAUAG